AUGGAGCAGAUGCUGACGUCGAUCGAGUUUAUAUCGUAUACCGAAAAUGAGGAUUAUCUCGCAGAAGGAAAGCCAGAGCCUAACAUUCGCUCUCAAACCUUGAUUUACCAUUCAGGAGACUCCAAAUGGUGGAUAAAAGUAACGUUCAAGGGCGAGACCUCCCAUGGACUGCAGCAAAAGACCUCGAAACGCGAACGUCGCAAAGAAUUCCAAAGCUUCCUCCAGCACAUAGACUAUUCCUCGUUGCCGCUUCUGGAUGACACUGUAACUGAAGUGCUUUUGGACGAUCUUGCCGAACCCCAUUAUGCGACAUUGCCGCUACGAGAAACUGAAGAAUUUACCAGCAGCGUUUUCGCAACGCUUGCCAGAACAUUGAGAUACACAACGCGGGAAGAUCCUUCGAGGGUCGUCUAUCCCUCGUGCCAUGAAUUCCCUUCGUUUCCACAGACCAACAUGGCAGAAUUGUCACAUGAGAUCGACAUUGCUGCCGGAGUUUCCAAAGUGUUCGAUGUCCAUAACAAGACACCCUAUAUUCUCAAAGUUGUGAAUCGACCCCUCUAUCUGCCCCAUGACACAGGUAUUAUACGCAGGGAGCUUGAAAACCUUGGAAUCUGCAAAGGUGUACCCAACAUCGUACAAGCAGCUGGUAUUGCAGUGUCUACGAACCCUUAUAUGACGUCCAGCGCGAGGGAUCAGCUUCUUGUCGUGAUUGGUAUUCUGCUAGAAUUUCACAGUGGCGGUUCUUUACAGGAAGUCCUGAAUGAGGGUCGUCUCUUGGAUCAUCCUUGGGAAAGUUGGGCAAUACAGAUUGCAACCGCGCUGGCUCAUCUGCAUGGGGCUGGGAUCACCCAUAUGGAUAUUAAACCUUCAAAUGUUGUCCUUGAUUCAGACGGAAAUGCGAUACUUAUCGACAUCAGUGGCAUUGGCGGAGUCACAUAUAGGUGGUGCGCCCCGGAGAUACGAGAUGAAAUAUCACCAACCGCUCUCCCUUUUGAGGCGCGCCGGCUAAACGACCUAUGGGCUUGUGGGCAGCUUUUAUCAGAGAUUGUAUCGCGUGCAGAACACAGCCCCAUUACGAAAAUGUUGAGGCAGAUUGCGGAUUGUCUCACAAAAGAAAACACACAGUCACGUAUGACUUUAUUGGAAGCUAUCUCACAACUGGAAGCUGCUGGCGUUGGCAAGGUGUGGAAAAUGUAA